UUUAUGGCAACACUCAUUUUGUGUCAGACGCAACACGACGUGUAUUCCUUGAGAAUUUGGCCGUCAUUUUGUUAAUAUUUGUGUAUUUUGUCGGCGAUUUUAUGUGAUUAAUCAUAAAAAUGGCGAAAUUGGUUGACAUAUAUAACAGCGAAAAAGAACCCGUGAUUAAAAGACGACAAUUACCGUUAACUAUCUAUGAAAACCUUACAAUGAUUAUGGAUUUAAACACAAUGGGGCUUAUUUGUGACAAUCCCCAAGUGAAAGGCCGCGAAUACGAAGAGUUCAUGCGCAAAUAUAGAGUUCUCUCCACUGACGAACUAAAGGCUGCGCUCAGAGUAGACGCCUCCGAUAUUUUUAAUGUACUGAAUCAAAGCAUUCCUUGUGUUGGUUGUCGAAGAAGUGUGGAACGGCUUUUCUAUCAGUUAUGCAAAUCAGGGCACCCAACGCUAGACCCAUUAGUUCUAACACCAGAUGAAUUGAUGACCAUCAGAGAGGACAAAAUUAUACAUCCACAAUCACUUGCCACUUUGUUAAACGGUCACAGCACGGGCAUAGAGUGUUUGAUCCUAAGUCAGCCGAGGUGGAAGAAGUCCCAGCGGUGCACGCUACACUCUCUCGAGGCGGGCACGGCGCGCGGGUGGGGCGCGGCGGCGGCAGCGGGCGCGGCCGCGGGCGCGGCUUGUAGCUGGGGCUGGGGCGCCUGGGGCUGGGGCGGCCGGGCCGCGUGGCGCGCCGCCUGGGACGCGAUGCGCGCCUCCGCGCGGGAUCACGUCACCCUCGUGCACUUCAACACCCUACACGACACCUUACACAACUACCUGAGGAAACACCGCUUCUGUACUGAUUGCAAAACUAAGGUCCUACGAGCAUAUCAACUGUUGGUUGAAGAAAAAGAGCCGCAAAAAGAAAAGGGUUAUGUUGGAGCACUAUACGGUGGCAUAAAGAGAUGUCUGCUAGACAAACACUUGCAUUUACAGGCGAAAACUGACUAUAUCGCGCACCUCAUAGCUCGGGCAGAGCCAGAGCUUCUUGGAAACCACCGUGAAAGGCAUGCAAAGACACUUGAAAUUGCACAAGAAGAAGUGCUUAUAUGUCUCGGAAUAUGCAUUUAUGAGCGACUCCAACGCAUUUCGCUGCGACUUCGCGAGGAAGAAGGAACAUGUCAAACUCUCGCAGCAGUCGCCAUUGAGGCACUGUACCGCAAGUUCGAAACUGCUGUGGAACAAAAGAGCGGGGUCUCUAAACUACAGCUACUGUAUGAUGAAAUCACCCAAGAAGAAUUGACUAGGCAGCAGCGAAAGGAACAGAAGAAACUCAAAAGGCGCAAGAAGAAGGAAAGGCAGGCUGUUGAGAGCAAAUGCAAGGAGGUUGAUUCUGAAGAACCAGAAGAAAAGUGCCAAUGUGAAGAAUGUUUGCUAGAAGAAAGAGAUACACCUACUGACCUGCUUUCGCCGCGAGAUUACAACCAGUGCUACGAAGCCAGUGGAGACGGAGACAGCUGCCAGUCGUGUCACGACGACUCUGUCCAACGCCGCUCACCAAAAAAGACCGCCAAGAAAAGGAACAAAAACGGAAACCUAUCGCCCAACGAUCACUCUCAAGACUGUGGCUAUUCUUCAGGGAACAAUGGCGGCUGCUGCGAAACCAUGUCUGGCUCCUCGUCACUCAUGAGCUCACCCGAAGGGUCCGAGGUUGCGUGUUCCGAAGGAUUUUGCAAUCACGAGAGAGGCGACUGUUUAGACUCCAAAAACGAAAAGGGUUCUUGCGCUGGCUUUACGCUUUCUCUACAGGAAAUGUUAAUGGACACGUGUUCCUCGGACGAUGAGCAAGACACCAGUUAUAUUCCUAUAGAAGAGGUUUUAGAAUUCAAAUCCCGUAGGAACAUAACAGAGAAAAGACAAGAACUUCGGCAGAACCUCCGGCAGAAGUUUGCUCAGCUGUGCGUGAACCCGCCGCGCGCGCAGGACGAUCAAGCCUAGCUCCCAGUCUCUGAGACACUUCAACUGCACUAUAUUCAAUAUUCAGUCAUUUUCCUCCAAAAUGACAUAAACAUAUAACUGCUUCAAGGUCUGUAGAACUGUUCUGUAAUGUAUUUUGAUGAACAAUCCAAUUAAGUCAAUCCUCUGGUAGGCUACACUGCUAACGGUUUUGAACAGCAAAGAAACCACAUUCUGCAUGUUUUUAUUUAGGUUACAUUGUAGUUACAGAUAUCUGAGAAGUUGCCCGUCAGUUUAAUCCGAUUCUAGGACCCAAUAGGAUGACCCAUUUCAAGAAUAAAUAGCUUUCAGUAAAUAGAAUAGUUUGUUGUCUAACUUAUAACUACAUCAAAAUGUUCCUUGAAUAAGAUGUUUAAGUUGAAAUGUAACAUGAAAAUAUAUUCCAUAUUCAAUGUGAUACUAUUUCCUGUAGGUCUGUAUUUUUUUGCUAAAAUAGUAGACUGGAAAAUAAAAUAGUUGCAAUAUUA